UUCGAGUGGCUGCGUGCAAAUGGGCCACGCCUCUGCGACUCCAGCUGUCAGUGCUGCUCGGGGGGCGUGAGAGCUAGGUAUUGACUCCAUUCCUCCAACCCCUACCUAAAUCCCCACGCUGUUAGACAACCCCGACUUUGCCGGGGUUUCACGUGCAGCAGGGCUGCGCAGAGGAGUCACCUUUCUCCAUCCUCAUCCCAACCCAAGCUCCCCUAGCUCAGACAACGCCUCCACACUCCAGAGUGAGUGCUAAGGCUCCCCAGAACUGGCAGCAGGUGUCGGGGCGGGCGUCCGGCGUUUUGGAAGCACUCAGGUUGACCUCUUGCCUUCCACAAAAGCCCUGUCUCUUCUCGGAGCCAGCUGUCCCUCGCCGCUGGAAACCGUGCCUCUUCGCAGCAUGACCACCAGGCUCAGCCUCGAAGACCCUCUGCUGCCGAUCACGCUGUCUGCCCAGCAGACCACGCUCCUGCUGCUCUUCUCUGUGCUGGCCGCCGUGCACGUGGGCCAGUGGCUACUGAGGCAGAGGCGGCAGCAGCUAGGGUCCUCACCCCCGGGUCCCUUUGCGUGGCCGCUGAUCGGAAACGCUGCGGCAAUGGGCCCUGCGCCGCACCUCUCAUUUGCGCGCCUGGCGAAGCGCUAUGGAGAUGUCUUCCAAAUCCAGCUGGGCGGCUGCCCCGUGGUGGUGCUGAACGGCGAGCGCGCCAUCCGCCAGGCCUUGAUACAUCAGGGCGCUGCCUUCGCCAGCCGUCCGUCCUUCGCCUCUUUCCGAGUGGUGUCUGGCGGGCGCAGCUUGGCUUUCGGCCAGUACUCCGAGCGCUGGAAGGCGCAGCGGCGCGCGGCACACGGCACUUUGCGCACCUUCCUUUCGCACCAGCUCCGCAGCCGCCGAGUCCUUGAGGGCCACGUGCUAGGCGAGGCGCGCGAGUUGGUGCAGCUACUGGUGCGCGGCAGCGCAGGAGGCGCCUUCCUGGAUCCCCGGCCGCUGACCCUGGUGGCAGUGGCCAACGUCAUGUGCGCCGCGUGCUUCGGCUGUCGCUACAGCCACGAGGACGCAGAGUUCCGCGAGCUGCUCAGUCACAACGAGGAGUUCGGGCGCACGGUGGGCGCAGGCAGCCUCGUAGACGUGCUACCCUGGCUGCAGUGCUUCCCUAACCCGAUACGCACGGCUUUCCGAGAAUUCGAGAAGCUCAACAGAAACUUCAGCAAUUUUAUCAUGGACAAGUUCCUGAGGCACCAAGAAAGCUUUCGUCCAGGAGCCCACCCUCGCGACCUGAUGGACGCCUGCAUCCUCUCGGUAGGAAAGGAAGCUGCCGAGAAGUCCGGCGACAGCAGUGCGCGGCUGGACAUGGACUACGUGCCAUCUACUGUCACCGACAUCUUCGGCGCCAGCCAGGACACUCUCUCCACCGCGCUGCAGUGGCUGCUCAUUCUUUUCAUCAGGUACCCUGACGUGCAGGCUCGGGUGCAGGCAGAACUGGAUCAAGUUGUGGGCAGAGACCGUCUGCCCUGCCUGGAGGACCAGCCCAGGCUGCCCUACGUCAUGGCCUUUCUUUACGAAGCCAUGCGCUUCUCCAGCUUUGUGCCGGUCACCAUUCCUCACGCCACCACUGCCAACACGUCUCUUUUGGGCUACCACAUUCCCAAGGACACAGUGGUUUUCGUUAACCAGUGGUCCGUGAAUCAUGACCCAGCAAAGUGGCCUAACCCAGAGGACUUCGAUCCCGCCCGGUUCCUGGACAAGGACGGCUUCAUCAACAAGGACCUGACCAGCAGCGUGAUGAUUUUUUCCAUGGGCAAACGGCGUUGUAUCGGGGAAGAGCUUUCCAAGGCGCAGCUGUUUCUCUUCACUUCCAUCCUGGCUCACCAGUGCAAUUUCAAGGCCAAUCCAGACGAGCCCGCAGAAAUGGAUUUUAGUUACGGUCUGUCCAUUAAACCCAAGCCAUUUAAAAUCAAUGUCACCCUCAGAGAGUCCAUGGAGCUCCUCGACAGGGCUGUCCAAACGUUACAGGCCGAGGAAGGCUGCCAGUAAGAAGCCAGAAGCAAUCUGUAAUUUUAGAAGUACUCAAGUUUUGGGGGGUAGGGACCAAAAUUUUCCAGCUUCUCUGGGCCACUUUCUCAGCCUCUAAAAUGAGCACAAAUCAACCAAGUAUUCUCAGAUCAGCCCUGGGCUGUGCAGGAGCUUGGGGAAGAUUUUUUUUUUUUUUUGAGUCAAAGAGUUAAAAGGCCCAAAGAAUUUUUAUACAUACGUCGAAUGCUGGUAAUAAUUUCUCGAGGGAACAUUCUUUAGAGAUAAAACACAUACAAGCCCACAUGCAGAACUACCUGAUGAAGAGGUACUUCCAAUACCAGGCCGUUGUGGGUGGGACCUGAAAUUGAUGUUGUGAACAUCAAUAGAAAACCGCAUUAAGCAAAGUUUCAGAAUAUUGUUGAAUAUGUGAAGGCAAAUAAUUUCAGGAUAAGACAUGUGAUUGAGAGCAAGAAAGAAAAGAUAUGAACCAGAAAUUUCCUUCUCACCUUGUCAAUACAGCAGCUUAGUUAGGCUGUGGUAUCUGUGGAUGAGUUUAUUUUUUUUGCCUACUGAUGCGCUUUCUUUUACUUUUGUUUGGGUGACUCAUAAUGCCAUUUGCUGGAAAAGAAAUCAAUAGUAGUUGGUUUAGUGAUUAUAGUGCAUUUCAGUGAUUUAUCAUGAAUUUUAAAAUGUAAGUUGUUAAAUUGUAAGACAUCCAAAGCUAUACUGAUUGACAAAGUACAGAAUUUCAAUCAUGAGAAAUGCUGCUUCCCACCAAAAAACAAGACUUACCAGCCCAGCUAAGCUUUAAAUUAUGUGAUUGCAAUGUGCUAAUUUCAAUGCUUUGCAUAGGUUUAAAAAAAUCACCAAAUAGAAUUCAAUAUAUGUACAUAUAUAAUUAUUCAUAAGCAAUAUGUAUUAGUUAUUUUAUUAUUAAAUAGUAUUGUUUUGAGCAAGAAAAGGUUGAAUAAUUUAUGUCUUUUAUAAUAUCAUAGAAAAUUGAAAAGUACAACUAAUUGAGCUAAUUUUGGCUCAAAUACAUGAAAUAGUUAGAUUAAAUCAACUACCCAUUUUUGACGUGGAGACCAAGUUGAAGCAAAGCCUUGUCUCUCAUCCAAAGCUCAAAUGACAAUGGGAGAAUCUAAAAACUGGGUCUGUAGGAUGUCUUCCUUAUUACUUUACAAUAUAUUUAUUAAAAUGAUAAAUAUAUAGUUGACCUAGUUCCUGUGUCAUAACUCCAAACUCUUAGCAUGCUUAAGUUUUAAUUUAAUUUUAAAGACAUUGUGACUACCAAGCUCCAGCUGAAGUUACUGGAAACCUGACCAUUAGCCAUUGAAAGGCAGAGAAAUGUCACCUGUGUUUCCUAUGAAUCUUGAACAAUGCAACAAAUUACUUGGAUGUUUUCUUUAUUAGGAAAGAAAAGGGGAAAUUCCCAUUAUAACAGACCUAUUUUUUCUUUUAAAUGGUUAAAAAAACCCAGCAUUGAUGUCAGCGUUUUGGAAAGUCAGAACCAGAAGGGGAUCAUGGGAGGCUGUCAGGGGUGGGGACUGCUCCGCGCGGCACUGGAGCUGAUCGGAGCAGCCGACUGUGUAAGACGGUGACCCAGUGAGCCGUCGCUUCGGUGACUGUGAAAACAUGAAGCUUGAACAAAAUGUAUAUGUUUAGUUUAUGGAAAUAAUCCAGAAACCUUAAAGAAAAUGAUGGACGAUUGCAAGAGUACCAAGUGAAGUUUAAAGGCUUAACGUUCAUUGCUUGUAAACGUCCGAAGGAAGUUGUUCAGUGGCCUAAGAGCUUACAGCUUGUUUAAUGAAGCUUUUGGAAUCAUAUCAGAAUUAUCAAGGAAGGAGUGUACCGUGGCUGUGUGUCUGUCUGUGCGGGGCAAGGGGGGCUGGUAAGAGAAAAGAGUGAAAAAGUGAAAAGGAUGAAAGAUGGUUAAACAUUUCCUCACUUAUUCCAAGUUAAUUAAUUUAAAAUAUGAAUAUUUAGAAAAAAGAUAUUUUGUAUUCCAAUAUUAAAUCCCAAGCAGACUUUAAAAAUCCACAAUAUUUUAGACCUAUUUUGUAAUUUGAAAUAUUUUCUUAGCAAAAAUUUCACAUAAUUAUAAAGUCUCCUAGCUGUACCCCUUGAAUAUGAAAAACUGUUUGUGCCAGUAUUUUUAAAGGCACUGUAAAGUCAACUAUAGAAGUAAGGCUUACCAAUACAUUUAAAUUUUUUUGGCACUGGCAAUUCCAAAAUGUUAUUACCUACUCCCCUUACCCGUCCAGCAAGGCUGAGACAGCAACUUGGGGCUGCUUUAGCCUAUUUAUCCUAGGAGACAUGUAGCAGCACAGUAUCAUAUUUUGCUGUGUAUACUGCACACCCACAUUUUUGUGCCCAUUAUAUAUGGGAUUAUUACACCCAUGGUAUGUAAUUAUUAUCCUCAUAUAUAGUAUGCAUUCUUAAUUUUCCAUAAAAAAUUUGGACAAUAACUCCACAUGAUAUACGGCAAAAUAUGUAAUCAUUUACCAAUCUGGAUGUCUCAUUAACUUCAUCUGAUCCAGAUGUGCUAUAAUCUGUUUUUAAUGUAGUUUUUAUGUAUGUGGGCUUAAUCUGGUUAAUCUGGUGCUUUUGGCAAUGAGAAAGCUGUGCAUAUAUAGAAAAAAUUCAGGUGGGCACUUGGAGGUUAGCUGGCUUAUUUAAUAUGUUUAUAGCCUAGUUAAAGGAAAGAAAGCAAAACCAAAA